AAGACUGCUCUUGUAGCCAAACAGUCCUGAAUAAGAGAGAAACAAAUCGAGGCAAUCGUCGCUAACCUUUAACCCCCAAGUGGGCGUUCGAUUUCGUCUUCCUCCAAGCUCAGAUCUGAUUUCGCAGUGAUUGCCGGAGCGGAUUCAUUCGAGCAGGCUACUUGUGAAAUUUAACAGCAAGCAUAUUGGAGGUGUAAAGAGAAGAGGAGCACGAAAUCAUGCCUCCCCAGAAGAUUGAGACCGGUCAUCAGGACAUAGUCCACGAUGUAGCGAUGGAUUAUUAUGGGAAGCGAUUGGCAACGGCUUCGUCAGAUGCCACAAUUAAGAUAAUUGGCGUAGGCAACAACUCCGGGUCACAGCACCUUGCUACCUUGACCGGUCACAGAGGUCCAGUUUGGCAGGUGGCAUGGGCUCACCCUAAGUUCGGAUCGAUCCUGGCCUCUUGCUCUUAUGAUGGCCAAGUUAUUUUAUGGAAGGAAGGGAACCCAAACGAAUGGGCUCAAGCCCAUGUUUUCAGCGAUCACAAGUCAUCUGUAAAUUCGAUUGCUUGGGCUCCUCACGAACUCGGCCUCUGCUUGGCUUGUGGGUCUUCGGAUGGGAAUAUCUCUGUCUUCACUGCUAGACCUGAUGGUGGGUGGGACACCUCCAGGAUAGAACAAGCCCACCCUGUUGGGGUUACCUCUGUUACGUGGGCUCCAGCCAUGGCUCCUGGGGCCCUGGUGGGGUCAGGCUUGCUCGAACCCGUCCAGAAGCUUGCCUCAGGAGGCUGUGACAACACGGUGAAGGUGUGGAAGCAAACUAAUGGAAUUUGGAAGAUGGAUUGCUUCCCUGCCCUACAGAUGCAUUCCGAUUGGGUCAGAGACGUGGCAUGGGCCCCAAACCUAGGGCUCCCUAAGUCCACCAUCGCUAGCGCUUCUCAGGAUGGAACAGUGGUCAUAUGGACAGUUGCAAGGGAAGGUGAGCAGUGGGAGGGCAAGGUCUUGAAGGAUUUCAAGACUCCUGUGUGGAGGGUCUCAUGGUCCCUCACUGGAAACUUGUUGGCUGUGGCCGAUGGAAGCAACAACGUUACAUUGUGGAAGGAGGCUGUGGACGGCGAGUGGCAGCAGGUGACAACAGUCGAUUCGUAGAAUUUUUUUGUUUCCACCCCCUCCUCUCAGGUGCCUUUCUUCUUUCGAUGCCGUCUCUGUGUCUCGGGGCAUGUCUGGGAGAUCUUUGUGGUAGAUGUUUCUUGAGUUGUAUAAUUUUGGUUAUGCUCUGGUAUUUUGGAUUCGGAGUUGUUUGAUUAUUGGUACUAUAUAAAAGUCAGGGCUAAAAAUGAACACGGAUUUCAUUCACUUUGUAUUUCA